AUUCGUUUUGAACAGCUUGGACUGAACACAUCUUUCUCUUAAAAAAAAGUUCGAGAAAUAUGAAAAAUUGAAAAAAAAUUCUAAAUUCAUAGCCAAGGACUGACAUCAACGUAUUUCUUCAGCAGCAAAAAAUAUUAACUGUGGCAUUUGUGCUUCAUCUGCAGAUCUACGAAGUGAUUCAGGAGUGUCUUCGAGCAAAUCACAUACUUUCAAGAUGGUUCUGAUGCUCUGCUGCAGUUUCGAUCCCUUCUACGUGGGACCCUGUCCACCCGGUUGUCUGGCUCCUCUAAUGGGAGGCACUCCCUACUGUGGCUGUGGUCCUUGCUGCAGUCCCUGCUGUGGUUGUGGUCCCUGUGGUGGUUGUAGCUCGUGUCCCUGCGGCUGGUAAAGCGGACAUCGAGAGAAAAUAAGCGAGCUCAAUGGUCGAUGAUCAUGGCACAAUGCCAGCAAAGAUUGAGCUUCUAUCAACUACUGCUGAAGAGAUAUGUUGCUGUUCGAAAUCCUUAUCCUUGGCGAGGGCUUAAACAUCUAAGCACUCUUUGAUAUAAUACGUUUUUCGAUUUAUGCUGUUUAGAAAUAAAAUGUAUUAAAUUCAA